GGCGAACCUGAUAUGUGACUGUAGCGACAUCUGUCACGAUGUACUAUCUAGGCAUGCGCCCUUCGGGACAAAUUUCUUUCGUCCGCUCGACUUGUAAAAAUGGCUCCGACCAAGGCCGUUAAACCUAAAGCCCCUGUGGGCAAAAAGCAACAUCUUCGUGGUAAGAGCCAGAAGAAAAAGGUUUCUUUGAAGUUCUCGAUUGACUGCACACAUCCAGUGGAAGACAACAUUAUGGAUGUUGCUAGUUUUGAAAAGUACCUUCAAGAACGAAUCAAGGUAAACGGCAAAACCGGUAACUUUGGAAACAAUGUCACUUUGGAAAGGAACAAGAUGAAGUUGUCGGUCAACAGUGACGUCGAGUUUUCUAAACGGUACCUCAAGUAUUUGACGAAAAAAUACUUGAAGAAAAACAAACUUCGUGACUGGCUCCGAGUAGUUUCCAAAGACAAAGAGACUUACGAACUCAGGUACUUCCAGAUUAACAGCCAGGAAGAUGAAGAUGACGACGAUGCAGAGUAAAUAUAACAAAUGUAAACUUAUGAUUCUCAAUAAAGUUACAUUU